AUGGGGGUGGGGCACCGGCGUCUGGGAGAUUGGCUGCUGGCGCCGUGGCUUGCCGGCGUGGGGGACUGGGGGCGACCGCUGGCGGGUGGCCGGACCUGGGAUUGGUCGGCUCCUUCCUCCUCCGCUCAGGUUCAUCCACAGAUCCACUUAUGCCUCGGCUAUGGCUGUCCGCUACAGCAUCAGGCUCCGUCAACGUCGCGCAGUGCCUCGCCUCCUCUGUUGUUGCUUGAAUUUGAGCAACACGGACAACAUCCUUCGAUGCCUCAACAACAAGGCCAUGAAACUCAAACAAAUGAAGUCCAAUUCCGAGGGAUUGAAUUCUUGCAGCGAGACCCAGCACUACGUCCACAGAUUCGCCCCUCCAAAGAUUUCUUUCAAGCUCCGCCACUGCUUGCGUCCUCGGUUAUGCGCAAUUUUGAGCAACUUCACAUGGAACUAUCAUGA